AUUGUUCCUCGGCCGAAAUGUGGGGAAACAUCAGUGCGAGCAACUGAGCGAGCGACUGCUCAGCGCGGGAAUAAAGCUGGUGAAUCGAACUCGCUCGUUAACUUCAUUCUUUUUUCCCCCUCAUAUUCUUCUUUUCUUACACAUCCGGCGAUCUUUAAAUUGCGGCAAUGGUAGACUUCAACGUUAAUGGCAAGACCGCAGUGGUGACGGGAGGCACCCGAGGAUUGGGUCUUUAUACGGCAGAGGCGUAUGUUCUUGGAGGAGCUAAAACAGUGGUGAUCACAUCGAGAAACGUGAAAGCUUGCCAGGAGGCCAAGGCUUACUUGGAGAAAGUUGCGGGCGAGAAUGGCAAGAUGACCGAGAUCAUCUCCAUCCCCGCCGAUUUGGCCAAAGAAAAGGAAUGCGAGCAGUUUUUCAAGAGUGUGAUGGAGAAAGUAGCCACCAUCAACAUUCUCGUGGCCAAUGCCGGAGCGUCGUGGGGAGCACCGUUGGAAAGCCACCCCGUGUCUGCAGUGAAGAAAAUCUUGGAUCUAAACGUGGUGGCUGUGUUCCAUACGAUCCAAUUGUUUGCGCCGAUCCUCGAGGAGGCAGGUACUGCCGAGGACCCGCUGAGAAUCUUGAUCAUGUCGUCUGUGGCGUCGUUGGUGGCCAGCGAUCCUGUGGGCGUGUACGGCUACUUGGCGUCGAAGUCAGGCGUGUCCCACAUGGGCAAGAACUUGGCGUUGCAGUUGGGGCCCCGCAACAUCACCGUGAACUCCUUGGCACCGGGCUUUUUCCCUACCAAGAUGUCUCAGGGUGUCUUGGAUAUGGCCGGCGAUAUCAUGGCCGAACUGAAUCCGCGCAAGAGACUUGGUGUGAAGGAAGAUAUCAUGAGCGCAGUGCUAUUCUUGAGUGCUCGGCAGUCCAACUACAUCAACGGGAUUGUGCUUCCUAUAGACGGAGGCUCGCACGUGGGAGGCGGGUUCACACCAAAGCUCUAAGUCAGCUGCGUGGCCCGAGAAACAUGACUUGGUUACAUGAGGUGUGGGAAAGACAACGGCAAGCCGCUUUUCCACGGUUGGGGCUGGGGAGAUAUUCAUGUGUCUUUUCGCUGAUACCAUAUGUAAGCCGGAAGCUGCUCGCCGGAAACGAUCAGGUAUGUAUUACAUUGUAAUAUUGACAUGCGGUGGCAGCACCUUGCAACCCACGCAGACUGUAGCCCGGAACACCCACAAGUCACAGGUCCGCUUUCGCCCGAAAGAAAAAAAAAUACCCCCUUGCCUUAUGUAUUUUUAUUCACACCG